AUGGCUUUAUCCGGGUGUGUGAAUUUUGCUCUGGCUUAUACUAUAACUAUUAUUAUCCAAUGCAUUCUCACGUGGUUCGUUAAGAUGGGACUUGUCAGUUAUGACCUUUCGAAACGGUCUGUCCAGCCGAUUGGCUUUAUUCGAGAACCAUUAUGUCAGUGGCUUCCAUGGCUAUUCUUUCUCCCACCAGCCUCUGAUCCAGGCGACUCAGAAGUAGAGGAGAAAGAGCCUCAACCGGAAUCUAAGGUCCCUCCUGUACUUACGAUAAUCGUGCAAGGGGCGCUAAGGGGCUUUAUACUCGCUGUCUUGGGCUUCUUUAUUCUCUGGCCCCUAAGCGUGGCGGUUUUAACGACUGUUAGAGAACGCGAUAGUGGGGAUUAG